CGCUCCGCCAGCACCAUGCCGGGGCUCCGCGCCGCGCUGCCCGCCGCCCUCCUUCUCCUCCUCAGCUCCUUCCCGCCCGCCGCAGCCGAGCAGCCGCCGUGGCCGUGGGCUCCGGGCGUGAUGCACGCGCUGAACCCCAGCGACCGCCAGGCCUCCAGGGCGGCGAGGACAGCGCUGCACUACAGCAACUACCACGGGGCGUCCCCCAGGCUGCUGCGGGCUCUGCGGCAGGUGCUGAAGGCUACCGCCAAGAUCAUUCCAGGAGUUGGUGUGAAGUAUUACCUGCAGUUUACUACUGAAGACUACAUAAAUGGGGAAAAUGCUGGGAGCUGCCUUGCUACAGUCUUGUACCUACAGAAGUCUCCGCCUGAAGUCAAUAUCAAGUGUGCUCACACUCAGGAUAAGAAAGAAAUCCAAGAAGAGGACAACAGAUUUUACCAAUAUCUCCAGCAUCGAACGAAACCAAUAAUUGCAAAUGAUAUUCCAGACAGCCAUGGAAAUAUUGACCAUGCCCAUCUUCCACUGUGGGGCUUGGCUAUUGCUGGUAGCAGUUACAUCAUGUUGGAGAAGUCAACAGAGAACUUGGGUUACUUCAUGGCACAAGUCAAGGCUGUGAAGCAGCAGAUAAGGAAGGACAGUGCUGUUGAGUUUGAAUUCAUGAUCUUGCUCCACGAAACUCCAACGCAGAAAAUAGAUCUCUGUCACAUGCACCUCAUUUGGACACUCGGUCACCCUCUGAGGGUGAAGUACAUCUGCACUUCAGAUAACCAUCGGCUCGAAGAUGGCUCAGGACAGGACUACGGCUCAGCUGCUGGGAUGUUCCAUGAAAAGGAAGGGAAUUUUUAAAAGCAAUUAUUAGCUUUAUGCACACAUUAAAUGGGAAACCUCUGUGUAACAGGCCUGAAGUUGUGAUCAUUUUUCAAUCCAAGCCUCAUUACAGUAAAUUUGAAUCAUCAGUUCUUUCAUCUAUUUGUUCCAGAAUGAACCUCUAUAAUUUCUCUAAAUUAAUGCUCUAGGGAUCUACCUAAAAACUUUGCUACUAUACAUACACAGAUAAAAAUCUUGAGAAAAGUAUUAAUCUGUCACUAAGAGAUAUUUGCUGGUUUUUUUGAGAUAGCUACCUGCUGAUUUUUAAAUAACCUCCAAUAAAAUAAAUACCAUUAUA